AUGAGUUGGGAGUAUAGGGAAGUGAAACAGGAAAUUGAUAGCGACGAUAACGACGAAGUAGGGUUCAGCCCCGAAGUUAGGAACAUACAUCAACCAGAAAUGAACGCGGACAUGAUCCAAGCGUUUGUCGCAAAUGCGGUCAGCACCGCUCUCGUCAGCACGAAGUAUUUAAAAAAUACGACGGCAGCGAAGCCCACUACGAGGCCGUUGUUAUCAUUAGAAACAAAAUUUGCGGUCCCGCUCCUCACGGCCCCCAACACCGUGCUGAAUUUCGAUGCAAUCCUGGCCAGACUAGAUUGCACAUACGCGGACAAAACGUCCCUAAGAGUGCUACGGCAAAAUUUGGAAAUGGUUCAGCAAGGAGAUGCCGACCUUAUGGCAUACUAUGACGAGGUCGAGAGGAAACUCACGCUCGUCACCAACAAAAUAGUCAUGUCACACAACUCGGACACGGCAACCAUCCUAAAUAAGGAGGCCAAUAAUAGAUGUACGAGCACCUAUCCUCCAAUUAAUGAGGCCUCCUUUAACUCUGAAACAAUCACAUCAUUGCUGAAAAACCAGUACAGCAUCGAUGUCGUCAAUGCGCCACCGCUACACAGUAGCUCCAAUGGCCAAGUAGAAAGGAUUACUAUCGAUGACGAGGUGUUUGAGUAUUCAUCGAGGAAGGCGGUGAGCAACGACUCCGUGUAUCUGAACCUCAACUACGCUGUGAAUAAGAGCCUGGGUAUUGCGGCCUCCCCUCUAAUUAACAUCAUGGGACACGAUCACAUACUAAGUUUGCCACUACUACAGCGGUUGAACGAGCAUAACCUGCGUUUGAUGCAGGAGCUCAGAGAUGACGUGUCGGCCGGAGGAUCCCCGAAGAUUUGGUUCGCCGCGAGAGUCGCCGUUAGCCUCGCACUAUGCGGCUGA